AAGUGCAAUCAGACCAAUAACGGCAAUGCCGUGGCCGGGCGGAAUUAUGCUGACCCGGGAGGUUGGGUUGCCUGGUCACAUCAACCCAGAAACAUAAUCUCAGCAGAAACACGAACAGCAAUUGAGAGCGACACAACGUCGCUGGCGAUUGUAUCGCAUCGCCGAAAUGUCUCUCGAUCAGAGAAUUCACAUUUGGCUCAGCAACGUCCAACAAUCCAUCGAAGACCCGUCGCCUACUCCCGAACCGUACCCCGAUUUCCCACCUAAUCCCAUGAAACGCCGUCGAGUCGAUUCACCACCACGCGAGACCCGAGGAACCCUCGAAUUACAGCCCGGCGACCCCGGAUACGACCCCAAGAGGAAGAAAUGCGUCCAGUAUCCUCCUCACAUCGAAAAGGCCUUGCUCAAUAUGGUUAGCACUUCGUGGCGGCCAUCCAAGAAACGAGCAACCUCCAACAACCAUGUGUUCUCAGAGUCACAACAGCGAUUCAUUGUAGGCUACUCUACAGGGAGGCCGUGGCCUAUCAAAAGAACAAAUGAACCAGUUCUUGACCCUGCUCCAACACCAUCCUUCGAGCCGACACGGGAACAUUUACGCCAGCGAGAAGUAAAGGUCGAACCGGACACCGAACACGUAUCAUGGCCAGAAGUAAAAGCCGAGCCUGUCACUGAACCGAUCAAGAGAAGAGUCGUGCCAAUUCUCUACCCCGAUUCAACACCAUCUCCUUCUUCGCAGAGCUACGAACACCUACUCCAAUUAGAACAGAAGUUGGAAAUGAUCGCGGAACCUAUGUCACGGCCACCUAGAAUAAAACUCGAGCCUCGAAAAGAACCCCCACCGUCGGUGUUGACGAUCCUCCUCAAGCGCAUCAACGACAUCUACGCUGGUCGCGGUAUCCUCCCCUCAAACGUCCGACCCGUCAUGCAUGCAACGAGCCAGGUACCUGCAUGGAAAGACAUGGCUUGGGCGCGAGACGGAUCUCAGAGCGAUGUUCAUUACUGCACCCAGCGCCAUAGAGUAGGCGACGCGCCCAGUCCCGAGAAUGUGGAAAAGGUCAUGUACCAGACUUCCCGCUGCACCAGAGACGGCGCUCAGCCGAACGAGUGGAACAUGGAGGUUGUUCAGAAGGUUCUUGAGCUGUCGUUCAGGAAUGAACAUACCUGCAGGAGGCCACAACUUGUUGACUUCAGAUGCAGCACCGAUGGUGUCAUUAUUCCACAGUACCAUACGACUCCCGACACCCCGCAACCCCCCGAUUUCUGCGUCAACAUAGACACAACAUGCAACAAGAUGCCGACUGCCAUCCUCGGCCUCGAAAAGCAUCUCUACAGAAACAUCUUCAACCACAUCGACCUGGGAUGUAUCCGAUGGCAGCGACCGAUAGCGUUCCACGUCCAUACUCUCCCAGAGAACACAGAGCGCGAGCUCCAGCGCGUGCGAACGGCCUUUGCCGCACAUUGGGGAUUUCUCAAACGCCUAGUGAGAUUGAGAGAGAGGGUUGAUAUCAAAUGGCCGAAUUACACUUGGAUAGAGAAUUCGAAAUAUGACCUUCCCGAGUUCCUCCCGGGUAUCAUCAUCUACAAACAUAACUGGUUCCUCGGCGUUUCCAAACCCGAUGGAGAAAAUACCAGGUUCUAUGGGAUUGGCGAUACGGCGAGUUCGAUUGGUGUUUACAAGAUCGUUUAUGCGCUGCAGAUAUUGCGGAAUUGGGCCGAGACGGUUUAUCGGCCUUGGAUGCAGAAGCUUGUGUUGAUGUGGCCCUUGGAUGAGCAUGGAACACAGAGAUGAUAGUUUUGUUUAGUGAUACCCUUGGAUUGUCAAGAUACCCUUUUUUGUGUUGAUCCUGCUGUAAUUUCUUGUCCGAUAAUUAUUGACGGCCUCAGUGCAGGGUUUAUUUAGUUGAGUACACAAUCUCAGACACUUCUUCCCUGGUUAAGACCUUGCCAAACGAGAACAUGACAUCCGUCAUGGUCUUGUCGAUGAUCUGCUCAAUCAGCUCAUCACUCGUAACGCCAACCUCUCUCAACGUACUCGGCAGCCCUGUAACCUUAACAAGCCGCGCAACGCAAUCGCCCGCCUCAGUCUCCUCCCACCCCAACGUCUCAUUGAAGAUCUUCACAAUUUUGGCCUGCGCCUCGGGAUUUCGCGCCUUGGUGUAUCGCAGCACGGGCGGAAGCAUAAUACAGCUCGUAAUACCAUGCAUAACCUUCCCAACACUACCGAGUUGAUGGCCAAUUGCAUGACUGGCGCCCAUAUUGACUCUGUAAAUAAUAAAACCCAUAAGUGCCAUGCGACUUCCAGCUUGACACUUGCUCACGCCAUGAACAAGCUCAUCUUCGCCCUCUUUUCCCCUGCCCAAUCCCUCUUUAUACUCAACUAACCCCUUCGCCAAGUCUCGCAGUGCUUUUUCGCACCAUUCCUGCACAUUUGGAUACUUUGCGCAUUCGGGAUUGCAUAACGUCUCAACGCAAUGGUCAACAGCACGUAUUCCAGAGCUCAACCAAAGUUCUUCAGGCGAUGUCUUUGCAACCCAUGGGUCCAUGAGGAUUAAAUCCGGCGCACCACCAUCUUGAAGUGAGAAAUGCUGCUUUUUCCCAGCGCUGUUUGUGCAGCUCGCUGUAUGGUUCCAUUCUCCAGCUGAUAAACUCGUAGGAACGAGAAUGAGCUUCACACCCUCUGCCCUCUUCAUUUUAUCCUGCGGCGCCACGCCUUUCUCUUGAUCAAGAAGAUCUUCCAUGUCUUUUUCGUCAAAU